UCAGUGCGUGCGUGCGACUUGCCGUAACAGUACGUGUGGCAGGCAGGCGUGUCGUAGCUGGCUGCCACAGCUCACGGCUGUGAUCGCGUUAGUCUAUAGUGAUAGUUGAUGUGACAGUUUCUAACGUGUGUUUGCUACCGCGGCAGCUGCCUUUCCGUGUUAUAAGUAGAAGCAAGUAGGAGUUUGGAGUACAAGUAAUAGGAACCAAGAAUUUAUCAUGUAUAAUAGUGUUGAUUUUCGUUUUAAACUGAUUUCCCGUGAAAAAGAUACGUUAAUCGCGUAGUCUGUAUAUAGCUGCAAUCGAGGAGACUUCAGCAAGGUUGACGAGCAUGAGAUUCCACACACUCUCUGUCCUAUUUAGAAAAUCUCUGUUUGCACUGAAAGAUUCUUAAGCAAAGACUUUCGAAGUGUCGUCUACGUGAAGCACACUCACCCAUGUGAUGGCUGUAGUAAAAUUGCUAAUAGCCAUAGCCUAGUUUUGCAUUACUGACUCAGUGAAAUUGCUCGAAUAAUUAACGACAAACGGCCGCCGAUUGUUCAUGUUUAUUGCAUUCUCAAACAUUUUAUACAUCGCUGUGUGAAUAUACACGAUCCUGUGAAACGGUGAGAGUGGAGAUCGAGGCUCUCAACGCGUUACCAUCGGAUCACUGGAGACAUCUAGACCGGAUCAACCUGGAGCAUCUAGUGACGAGUGUUACCCUAGCAUCUACGCACAUCGCUAGAGAAACCUCUACGUGUCCUGCGCAAUAGUGCAGCGGGGAUAGUAGCGCACAUAGAGAGAGCAUGAUGAGUGGUACUAUCAGGAGCACUAAGGUUCCGGACAAACUCAGCAUCUGGUCGUCUGGCAGUAGUGGUUACGGAGGCUCGUACGUCAGUAACUAUGGCGGCAGCGUCCUGACUCCCGGCACGCGCUACAGCAUGCAGACGCCUCGCUCGACUCCCGCCAGUAGUGUCCACCGCUACAGCCAGGGGGCGCCCGCGUCGCUGACUUACAGCACAGAGAAAUCUUACACGAGCAAUUGGAGAUGUAAAUCGCUGGUUCUUUGAGAACAUGUCGCGAAAUAGCGCCGAGGUCGUCCUGACCCGAGGCAAGAAAUACGGAAACAUCUUGGUGCGACAGAGUAACUCAUACAGCGGGAACUACGUCAUUUCGGCGAGAUACGAUCACGGAAACUCGAUUGAGAUUUGUCAUUAUGAAGUCGAGGCCCACACCCUGGCAUCGGAUGACAUCGAAUUUGAACUAAUAGUUGGUCCCGGAAAGCAUCCACGGCAACCAUCACUGACUGACACACUCAUUUACUUCAUGAAGCUGAACCCUGGGCUGGUCCCGAUGGUUACAAACAAUUGGGACACCCUCGGCAUCAAGACUCCAGACGCAUUCGGCUACGUUGGCCAGUCUGUGACCAGUGGCUCCACCAACAACACACACAGGUUCACAGGAUUUGGUGGGACGCGGAAACACAAGGACUAUGAGGCGGUUCGAGAGCCUGAGAUUGACUACGACAUCUACGACGACAUUUCGCCGCGGUGCAGCAGCCGAACGAGCAGCAGAGCGAGCAGCCAGGAGACGCUUACCGCCGAUAACGUUGACAACAACACGACAACAACACAGAUUCGCUCCCGCUGCCACUCCGUCGCCGACGCUCCCCAGCGUGCACUGCCGAAAACUCCGGACGACACGAAGAAGGAGCCGCUCUAUAUGAACGAUUGCCCGGUCGAGACAGACUCGGAGACGAGCGAUGUGGACACAUUACGCAGGCAGUAUGGCAGCGAUCGGCAUCUAGGGACGCGCACGAGCGUGUACGGCAAGCAGCAAGCGGCGCCCGUCACCGUCAACGUCUACACCAAGAACAAGAAGAACACAGAUGGCAGCACUGUCAAGGAGAAAUCGCGAGGGUUUUCCGGACAUCAUCGAUUCUUUGAAGAGUUGAAUCAAAUGACGAAGAAGAUUAAAAGUAAGACGAUGAGAGAAAAAAGCAGAACUCGACCAAGCAUUACCGUCAUUCAAGUUAGCAACCCGCAGCCGCUAUAGAAGAAUGUACACUAGUAAUGGUGUUAGCAAUAUUGUAAUUUGUACGACUAAAAUAGUAUUGUAUAUUGAAGAGGUAACGGUUGCGAUUUUGAUUGUGUUGUAAUAAUCUUCACAGUUAAGACUGGGCAGGCUUUAUAAAAAAAUGCACGCAAAAAAUAUCAAUUUAGGUUUGCUUGUUCAGAUGUAUUCGUAUGCUCGCGCACACGCACCCGCAUGUAGUAUGGCAGUUAAAUCUAAUAUCGACUUUAUUAUACACUAUGAGCACGAUAAUAUAUAUAGCAUAAUAAUGCCUGCACGUAUGCAUGCUUGUACUGUGAUUCCUGCGCACUCCCGCACAGAUACACGAACCUUUAUUCCUACCCCGCACACACGCACAGUGAAUAAAUAUAUAUUAUGUAUUAAUAUAAA